AUGCACGCUGAAUGUAGCCGUGAAGAAAAUUUGAAAAAAAAGUUUGAUUCGGUAGAAGCGGAGCACGAAGCAUUUUCAUUGCGCUCAAACAGAAAAGUUGUUUUUAAAGAGCGACCGGAUGAUCGCCGAGUAAUCUCCGUGAAUCAGAGUUGUCUUCUGGCGACUCUUCGGUGUUGUCACAACCUCGUGGACACGUCGAAUCAAAUGAUAACAACCGGUUAGUCAACCAACCUUUCUGACUGCUUCCAUUGGAAUACUGGGGAAAAUGUUGGAAAGUGCAUAAGUUAUUCAUAACUUUGGAUGACUUCAAUUAACACUGAACAAGGCUCAGCACUUUGAAAUCCUUCAGGAUAGAUCGAAUUAUUUUGAAAGAUGUUAACUUUGCCGAAAUUCCAUUUCAUUUCGAUUAUUUAUACAAAAUGAGUCACGGAAAGGUUCUCCAAAAAAGUCCGCGGUUUUCCUCUGUUUCGCCGAGAUUACGCCGAUGUUCACGCUGGCUCUGUGAGCAGUUUUAUGCACUCGCUUGCUCUCCGAAAAAAAAACACGACAAAAGAGAUUUGGUGUUCUUUGAACAGGAGGCCGUUCCACCACUUCUUAAGCACCAACGACGACGUCUUCAAGCACUUCUAAACAGUUUUCCAGAAAGACAAAUCCUCGAAAAAAUGAAGUUUCCGUCUGAAAAAAAAAAUUACUUGCGUUUAUCUCAAAAAAAAAAAGUUUGUUUUCAAUUAAUGAGGUUUCUGCAGAAGGAAAGUGUAGCAUUUCAAUUAUGAAAAACUUUUUAGAAAAUCGAAAAACUCUGAAAGUUAUACUCUAAGUUCCAUAAUAUGGUGACUAUACUAUACUGUAUAGUCUUAGUUAGAGAAAUGUUUUCUUCGUGUCUUGCUGAAAGAAUUUUUCAAAGAAGUUUCAAAAGCUUGUCUGUCACAAUUUUUUUGAUUUUUGAAAUUGGUAAGUAUGAGAAAGUUGACGCUCCCAGAAACUGUUAGUAAUAUAACCUAUCCUUUCAGCCUGCCACAGAAAUUUUCAGGAUGGCAUGCUUUCUUAUAAUCUAUUUUAUAUAGUUAAUCAACUGUUUUCCGAGAGAAGCAACCGUAAAAAUACAGUCUAUUUUGCUCGACUUGCCGACAUUCAAAAAGGUCGUGAUAUCGAGCAGAAAAAGCGUUGGUGUGAGCAGAAGGGUGUGGCUCCGCACAACUCCCAGGCGGCUGACGCCAAAUUGUCUUCUGUUUUCUCCUGA